AUGUAAAGAAAAUCAAAUACAUUAAACUACUUAUGCAAGUUACUUUAUUCUACAACUCCAUUUUGUUAACAUAAGAAUUCUUGUGUUAUGAAUAUGACAAGAGGAAUGAUUGAGGCAUUCACAAAAGCAUUUUUAGCCAAACUUUGCUUAAAUGCCAUAAUGUUAGUAAUGAGUUCUAAGAAGAUUAUUAAAUCACAACGCAAAAUAAAAUUAGUGUUUAAUAUUCUGAUUAAUAGGUAUAAUAAAACUAUCAUACAUCUUAGAACUAAUAUAAAUUUAGGUUUAUUUAUGGGAAUCUAAACAUUUUUAAUAAAAUGUAUAUAAUGUCUUUUAAGGACAAUUCGAUAGAAAGAGGAUGGUUGGAAUGCUGCUAUUUCAGGUUUUAUUGGAGGAGGAUUAAGUUUUAUUACUUAAAAGCCUCAUGUUCAAAAUAUUCUAAGAGUUUAUUUGUUUGCAAGAGCAACAGAAUGUUUAUACUAAAUAGGUAUUUAGAGGUAAAACAUUUUUUAAUUUAAAAAGAAAGUAUUAUAAUCAUAGAAAAGCGAAUACUGCUAUUGCAUUCAUAGCAAUGACUGCUGUUAUUGCUUAUGGUUUCUUUUUUGAACCAGACAUUUUACCUAUGGAUACAUUCAAGAUGUAUGAAAACUUUUCAUAAUAAACACUGGUGGAUUAAGUAUGGCAUAUGUGCAAUGUAUAAUAAUAUAGAAAUAGAUGCAACGUUUGA